AUGCUUAAGAAGAUGGAGAUCACAAUGCAUUUCCAUGAGGUAAUCCUUCAAAUGCCGUCAUACGCGAAGUUCCUCAAGGAUAUUUUGACAAAGAAGCGAGUGGUCGAGAAAGAGACCAUAGCAUUGAGCACCAAGAUUAGUGCAGCCAUCACCAAGCAUGAACUCCCCCCGAAGAUGUCUGAUCCGGGGAGUUUUUCUAUACCAUGCAAGUUGGGAAACAUCGAGAUUGAUGGGACGCUAUGUGAUCUUGGAGCUAGCGUGAGUUUAAUGCCGCUAUCCAUUUACAAGAAGUUGAAUAUAGGCGACUUGAAGCCCACGAGAAUGGCCUUGCAAUUAGCGGACCGAUCCAUCAAAUAUCCAGCAGGCAUUCUAGAAGACGUACCCCUCAAGAUCGGUGGAUUCUAUGUGCCGGUGGAUUUUGUAGUUUUAGAUAUGGAUGAGGAUUCUAAGGUACCGAUCAUAGUGGGCCGACCAUUUUUGAGUACAGCGGAUGUCGUAGUGCACGUUCGAUCUGCGAUGGCGGAAGAAGUGAUUGGAGAAUUCCGCGAAGUAGACCCGCUAGAAGUGUCACUAAUGGCUACAGAAGCAAGUCUAUAUAGCAAUUGGGAAGAGAUCGAGGAGAUAAGUCGGGCACUGGACGGUCAAGAAACCGAAAAAGAGGCUUCUGAACUAUUUCAGGCGACCCGCCCAUGUGUACCUGAGACGGAAGAAUUGCAUUUCGAGGCCCUCCUCGCGACCACUCAAGCCAUGUCUGACGCGCCUCAAGCCCCAAGAGGAGAUACACAUGUUGAUUGGGAUCCCAAACAUGCCCCGCAAGUGGAAUUGAAACUCUACCUCAAGGGCUAA